GUAUUCUUUGGGAGUGCAACAAGUGGAGCUCGGUCUCCAUUGGCACCUAACGGACCUACAGACCGAGCAGAGGAAGUUCCGAGGACCCCAUGUCGUGAUACUCUCAGUGGAUACAGAAAGACCGACGUUAGGGCCAUGAUGGAUAACGGAAGCGUGUUUGACUCUGAGAGUCACACUGGCUCUCUAAAAUCUUUCAAAACGGGACGUGACAUCAGGCUCUUCUCAUCCCCUGAGGAGGACAGCAGUCUUUAUUUCACCUACAGCGGAGGACAGAGUAAGCUGGAGGUUGUGAACUUGAACUAUGAGGUGGACACUGCGGCUCAGAUCCCGUGGUAUGAGAAGCUGUCUGAGUUUAAGAUGCCGUGGGAGGUGCAGGGGAGUAAACAGACAGCCAUCCAGGGCCUCAACCUGCGUGUGCACAGUGGCCAGAUGCUGGCCGUCAUCGGCAGUUCAGGCUGCGGUAAAACGUCCUUGCUGGACAUCAUCACCUGCAGGGACGAGGGCGGCAGCUUGACGUCGGGGCAGGUCCUGAUCAACGGGACGCCGAGCACGCCCGCGCUCGUCCGCAAGAGCAUCGCCCACGUGCGCCAGGAUGACCGGCUGCUGCCGCACCUCACCGUCAGGGAGACACUGGCCUUCGUUGCUAAGCUACGGCUACCCGCACACUUUUCACAGAAGCAGAGGGACCAGAGGGUUGAUGAUGUCAUCGCUGAGCUACGUCUGCGUCAGUGUGCGAACACACGUGUGGGGAACGAGUACGUGAGGGGGGUGUCUGGGGGGGAGAGGAGAAGGGUCAGCAUCGCAGUGCAGCUGCUUUGGAACCCAGGUAUCCUUAUCCUGGACGAGCCCACAUCUGGUCUGGACAGCUUCACAGCCCAUAACCUGGUCAUCACUCUGUCCCGCCUGGCGCAGGGGAACCGUUUGGUUCUGCUCUCGGUCCACCAGCCGCGCUCCGACAUCUUCCAGCUCUUCGACCUGGUGGCUCUACUGGCGGCCGGGUCGCCUGUCUACUGUGGCCCGGCCCGAGACAUGGUGUCCUACUUCACGUCCCUGGGCCACCCCUGUCCCCGAUACUGCAACCCCUCAGACUUCUACGUGGAUCUGAUCAGCAUCGACCGUCGCAUUCCAGAGAAGGAGGCAGAGUGUAAGGAGCGGGCUCGGGUUCUGGCGGCCCAGUUCGUGGAGAAGGUGAGCGGCACAGAUGACUUCAUGUGGAAGCCGCAGGACUCCACCGCCCCGGCCCUCGACGGCCAAACCAGCUCUCCCUCCUGUCCAGGUGAGGAGGUCAUCACUGUAUCCAAAAAGAGAGAUCGCUUACCGGGUCGUCUGCACCAGUUCACCACCCUCUUCAGGCGACAGGUGUUCAACGACUACCGUGACCUGGUGACCCUUCUGGUGCACGGCUUGGAGGCCCUGCUGAUGUCUCUUCUGAUUGGCUUCCUGUACUUCGGGGCGGGGCCUGAUAAGCUGUCCAUCCAGGAUACAGUGGCGCUGCUCUAUAUGAUCGGCGCUCUCACACCCUUCGCUGUGGUGCUGGACGUCAUAGCCAAGUGUCAUUCUGAGCGAGCCAUGCUCUACCAUGAACUAGAGGACGGCAUGUACUCCGUCACGUCAUACUUCUUUGCCAAGAUUCUCGGUGAGCUCCCAGAACACUGCGUCUUCACACUGGUCUACAGUGUGCCCAUCUACUGGCUGGCGGGCAUGAACGAGGCGCCCGACCGCUUUUUCCUCAACUUUCUGCUGGUGUGGUUGAUGGUCUACUGCAGCCGAUCAAUGGCGCUGUUUGUGGCUGCGGCGUUCCCGACUCUUCAGAGCUCCGCAUUCAUGGGCAACGCGUUCUUCACAGUCUUUUACCUCACUGGCGGCUUUGUUAUCAAUUUGGAGAAUUUGUGGCUGGUGGCCUCAUGGUUCUCGCACGCAUCCUUCAUGCGCUGGGGCUUCGACGGCAUGCUGCAGGUGCAGUUUCGGGGCCUCCAGUUGCCCGUCAGCAUCGGCAACUUUACCUUCAACGUGGACGGAAUACACGUGGUGGAGGCGAUGCAUAUGAACCAGUACCCACUCUAUUCCUGCUACUUGGUCCUGAUCGCAGUGUGCGUGGUUUUCAUGCUGCUCUACUACCUGUCAAUCAAAUUCAUCAAGCAGAAGUCCAGUCAGGAUUGGUGAGGUUGGGGACGGACGCGCGUCAUUGCACUACCAAAGUCUGCCGCUGGAUGGCAGCAGAGUAUUGCAAUAUUUUUUCAAAAAAUAAAAAAAAGUGUACCUUUAA